ACAGAGAAUCCGAGGUGGAACAGUAUACGAGCAGACGUUUAUUGCACCGGCGGUUCAUUGAAAGCAUAAAAGCAGUAGGAAAGUAUGUCAAGUGCCUUCUAAAUGCGUAAAGGCGCAUGCGAGUGAUCUCCAUCGUCUUCCAUUCCCGCUUUGGAGGUAUUUCAGCUAGGAUGCUGGAUUCCAAGGAGUCUGGAGUGAGAAUGUCCGCACAUAGGAUUUCGUUUUCCAUCAUUGAUAUAUUGGAUCCACAAAAAUUCAAUAGCAAAAGGAUAGGCGCUGCCAAAGAGAAGUUUUGGUCACCAAAUGCAGAAGACGCAAGUUUGAAAGCGGACGGUGGCUCAGGUGGAGAACUGACGGUGGAGCGCGUGAAAACAGCAGAGGAAGAAACGCAGACGGACUCAGCAACGGAUGCCACGCGCCAGGCUGCCAACGACUGUACACUUUCAGAAGGUCCCACGAAUGACCCAGCGCCUUGUCUUACAGAAGAUCUGGACGAUGAGGAAAGCGGUGGCACCGGAGCCGUUAACCCAGUAUCACCUGACCCUUCUCACAAGCGGCGGCGCUCUGACCACGGCAGCGCCAAGCCUCGGCGAGCCAGGACAGCGUUCACUUAUGAACAACUGGUAGCUCUGGAGAACAAAUUCCGCGCCACGCGAUAUCUGUCCGUGUGCGAAAGACUCAACCUGGCGCUCUCCCUCAGUCUAACCGAAACCCAGGUUAAGAUUUGGUUCCAGAACCGAAGAACCAAGUGGAAAAAGCAGAACCCAGGCGCAGACAGCACUAUGCAGCCCGUCUCAAACUCUAUAAUCAGUGUCAGCCCAAGUCCAGUAACCUGUGGGUCGAAUCCUGCCAGUUACCAGACUUUUCCAUCCUUCAGUUCUGGUAAUAUAAUUUUCCAUUCGACGGGUGCAGUUCCCCUAUCGUCCACAGGAGGGCUUCUGCAUCCCUUUAUGCACAACGGAUAUCUACAACCACCCUACUUCACUCCACAUUUAUAAAAGAAGUAUGUUAUUAUGUAGUGACACACAGCAACA